UGCGAAAGUCUGCCAAUAUCCGAAUUCUGCAGACCAGAAAAACUGAACAUUGUUUCGUUAUCACGUUGAAAGGAGAAGUGUUGUGUCAUGAAAUAGCGUGUGUGAGGAACUUCAUUCAUCAAAUCAACUCCUGGUGUCGUCAGAUGCUGUUUGGGAUUUCAUUUUCCAGCGAUAAACACGAGAAACAUGACUCAGUUCCAGGACGGUGAUGAGGUAGAGCUGCUGCCGCCGCCACCACCACAGACACCAUGCCUACCAUCAAGAAGAACGGCGUGGCGCGGAAUGGGCGCAACGGGUCCACCAACGGCAUGACCACCAGCCCCGAGAUGGACAAGCUGCUCAAGAGGGCUCCGACGGCAGAAGCCGAGUCGCUAGCAGACGACGCGGACGCCGCCGACGAGGCCCUGACGCACGCCACCAGCGUCAUGAUCACCCCCACCAAGAAGGACGCCGGCGCGCUCAACGGCCUCAACGGGCUCAACGGCGGCGCGCACCCCGGAGCAGGCAACAUGCAUCGGGCGUGCCAGCUGGUGGGGGCGCGCCACGUCCAGGCCGUCAUCAUGUUCUUCAGCGCGGCCGUGGCCUUCUGCACCAGGACCAACAUGUCCGUGGCCAUCGUGGCCAUGACGAAGAAGACGCCGGGGAUCGACGUGACCACUUUUGACUGGGACCCGUCGCGCACCAGCCUGGUGCUCUCGUCCUUCUUCUGGGGGUACGUGGUGAUGAACAUCCCGGCGGGCCAGCUGUCGCAGCGCUUCGGCCCCAAGCGCUUCCUCGCCAUGUCCGUGCUGGUGUCCAGCCUCUUCGACCUGCUGAUGCCGAUGUGCGCCAUGUACGGCGACUGGCCGGGCGUGUGCGCGGCGCGCGUGUGCCAGGGCCUGGCGCAGGGCUUCUUGCUGACGGCGUGCUACGAGCUGCUGAGCAAGUGGGCGCCGCCCAGGGAGCGCUCCAGGAUGGUGUCUUUCUUCCUCGCCGCCCAGCCCUUCGGCAUCGUGGUGGGCCUGUCCGCGUCGGGCGCGCUGGCGGGCAGCCCCGCGGGGUGGCCCUCCAUCUUCUACGUGACGGGCGCCCUGGGCAUGGUGGUGGGCAUCUGGAUCCUCUUCGGCGUGUCCGAGUGCCCCGCCCAGCACCCGUCCAUGAGCGAGAAGGAGAGGCAGUACAUCGAGGAGAACUUCGGCGUCGCGCCGAGCUCCGAACGCAAGCGCGUCACACCCUGGCUGUCCAUCGUCACCUCCAUACCCAUGAUCUCACUAGUUUUGGCCCAUUGCGGCCACUCUUGGGCCUUUUGGACCAUUUUAACCAAGAUGCCAACGUACCUUGACAAGGCUCUAGGCUACAGAAUUCAGGAUAACGGCCUUUUAUCUGCACUGCCAUAUGUUAUUAAAUACUUUGUCAGUUUUGCAUUUGCAUGGUUAGCAGAUUUCUUAAAUAACGGUCACUACAUUUCCUUGACACUCAACAGAAAAAUUGGAAAUUCAGUCGGAUUGUGGGGGCCAGCCAUCAUCUUGGUUGUGUUGGGCUUCUUCCAGAACGACUCCAAUACAUGUGUACUUAUGUUAACACUUGCAGUGGCUCUGAAUGGAGCGACUUAUGUUGGGUACAACAUCAACCACUUGGACUUGUCCCCAAAUUAUGCCUCGACAUUAUUUGGCAUCACUAAUGCGAUGGCUAACAUUAUGUCAUUUAUUGCUCCACUUGUAGUCGGUGCUGUUGUAUCUGAUGAGACUAAUGUGAGCCAAUGGCAAACCGCCUUUUUGAUUGCUGCUGGUGUUAGUUUCAUAGGUAAUCUUGUGUUUGUGAUUGGAGGCUCUGCUGUCAGGCAAGCUUGGGAUGAACCCAAAAAAUCCAACCCAGCUGGCGAUAUUCACCUGGCUGAAAAUGGAUCAAAGCAAACACAAACGGGGACACCAACAACUGUAGAAGCUCAUGCGUGAUAGCAGGGUGGGUUUCUGAACCACUCUGGUCGAAAAGGACUGAGGGAUCAGCAAAGAACCUAAUUUGCAUUCAAUAGGGAAGAAGAAGGUGCUUUCUUCAGAAUCCCCAACCAUUCCAAGACACUUGGGCAUGUUCCCCAGUCUGAAGUACAAACUUGCUGUGUACCCAAAGCAAGAAUUUUAUAAGACACUUUUCGUAAGUGGGGCUCAUUGAGCUAUGUAAAUAAAUUGAAAGUUGUGUAAUCCUCUGAAUGUGAAGGAUUGGGUCAACACGGUAAAGCUUUUAUAAAAUAAUAACCAAGUGAUUUUAAAUGAAAACAAGUGAAGAAUCCUUUCACUUUAUUAUUUUUCUAUGAACAUUUCUCAGGUUGUGAUAAAUAAUGUCUUGACAAUCUAAAAUAAUGAUUAUGCCUGUGACAUUCUUAAUGAAGUUGGCAAGUGUAAUAGUCAAAGCUCAAAUGAAAUGGAGGUGUUGGAGAUAACACUUAAACCAUGUCCCAAUUGUAUGCCCUUUUAGACCUUGACUUGUUUUUUGUUACUUAGUAUCAACAGCAUCAUGAAUUGUUUAUACUGUAGUUAUUUCAUUAGAUUCAAGACUGUAUCGUAUGACUUUUUCUAGUGAUAUCCAACCAGUUAAACCUGUCAAGCACUUUUAUAGCACUGAAUUACGUUUAAAAUUUUCAUCUUUCACAUGAAGUACACUUUACUUCAGUCAAAACAAGAAUGUUGUCAGCCACAUUGUUUAAAAGGAUUUCUCAUGUGUUAGCUUCUUGUGCAUCAGGAGCAAUUUUUAAGUGUCACUGUAUUAAGCAAAUGAUAAAAAGCAUUUUAUUUUUAACUUUUCUGUUACCAUGUGAUUCUUCAUCAUUACUUCACACAUUCUGUUUUGUGGUGUCUUGUCAAUAGUGUUUAUGCAAAUAUGUAGCCUUAAGAUGCCAUUCCCAUCAGUAACUUAAUUUUGUUAAUUUCAAAAUUGAUUGAUUGGUGUUACAAUUUUUAAGCAGGUAGGCUGAUUAUUUAAGCCUGUGAUAUGUCAUUAGGUAUAAGUUGAAGUUGUGUUUUACUUUAGGAAGUAUUGUAUGAAGCAGUAUCCAACAAAUAAUUUUUAUUCUGUCAUCACAAGUAAUUUUUAAAACAUCAUGAGCAAGCAUCUAUCUGAUUUACGCUGAAGACAUGUACUACAUCAAGAAACAGCUCACCUUGGCAAAAUGCUUUUCAUUGUGUCAAUAAGACAUUCAAGUUUAAUCAAAAUCAAAAUUUAUGCUAAAGUAGAAAGACAGCUAUGGGUAUUCAUCUCACAGUAUUAACCUUAUAUUGUUAUUAUUUAAUUCACUGUUAAUGUUUUGUAUGUGUAUUUUUAUCAAUAGUACUUGAAUGAAAACUUGAACAUCUAU